CCAGUGGCCGCCAAACAAAUAACAGCGCAUGCGCAGUUAACAAAGUCCGCGUUUUGAUGCUCCCGCGGUGCUGCUUGUGAAAAUGAUUGUAGUUCGUGUGGAACAAUAACAGAUUUUUUUAGAGUUUUAACACGAAUACAGCACCAUGCCGAUCUCCUGUUCAGCUAUUGAUUGCUCAAACCGGUUUGCCAAAGGGUCAGAGAUCAGAUUCUACAGGUUUCCAAUCAGCAAGCCUCAGCUAGCCGAGCAAUGGGUACGAAACCUUGGGAGAAAGAACUUUGUUCCCACUCAGAACUCCUGUUUGUGCUCGGAGCAUUUCCAGCCUGACUGCUUCCGUGACUAUAACGGAAAACUGUUUCUCAGAGAGGAUGCCGUGCCGACUAUUUUCGCAAACUCUGGAGGAGAUGGCUCAAAGAUUGAGUUACGGAAAAACAGAGGAGGUUUAGUGGCAAAGGAUGCAAAUGAGUCCAGUCGGUUUGGUUCACUUUCUGAUAAAGACAGAGCCAAACUAAUUACAAAAGACAGAAGACAGCCUAUAAGAGACUCUAGCCUGAAGAGCAGAGGUGUGAAUGACCGGAGACGUGCAGGGAAGGUCUCGUUGGGUGACAGACAGACCAUGUCUCUCAAGAGUAAAGUGUAUGACAGCAAAGGUCUGUUGAUCUCAUGUGGAAGGGAUCUGUGUGACUGUCUGGAUGUAGACUGCAUGGGUUGCUUUUACCCAUGUCCCGAGUGCGGAUCGCGGAAGUGCGGUGUGGAGUGCCGAUGUGACCGGAAAUGGUUGUAUGAGCAGGUGGAGGUAGAGGGAGGAGAGAUCAUUCGCAACAAGUUUGCAAAUUAGCUAACUUGUUGGAAGACCAAGAUGACGGCACUACUUCUGCUUCUGAGCAAAAAAGACUGUCACUGGCUUGGUAUAUGGAUAUUGCAGAAGUACUUGCUUUAUUUGCUAUAUUGUUUAUUUUUUAAAUGUAAAAGUUUAAUAAAGAAUGUUGUCUUAUAUUUUUGCUGCUAUCACAGCUGUGUUCAUUUCUGUAAUCUUUCUAGGAUUUCCACUUCUUUAGUUAUGUUGUAAUGCUGUAGCUGUUUCUCCCCCUUGAAAUUUGUUUUUACACUUACAAAAAUAAAAUCUAACUAUAA